GAUGGGUGUGACUUUGGUGGCAUCCCUAGAUUUACUAGAAGUAUGGGCUAUUAAGAAGGAAUCAAAGAAGCAUUAGCCGUAGGUUGGGCUGAUUUUCAGGUGGUCUCAUUCUAAGAUUAGGAAAAAAAAAUUAAUUAUAAAAAAAAUAAAUUUUUAUUUUUAAUAAUAUUAUGUAUUAUAAAAAAUUUCCUUUGCAAUUUCCCCUUUUACCUCCUAAUCAAUAUACCUGGCAAUGUGGGAAUAAGGUUUAGAGCUGCAAAACUUUCCAUGCCCCAAUGCAGUUUGUGGAUUUUCUGUGCGCUCGGUUGCGACACUGGUUGAUUAAUUGAAGCCAAGGUCCGUGUGUUUAGAUAGAGAGACUUUGAUGAUUUUGAAAGUAGCUGCAAAAAUUUUGCACAAGUGAAGUGUGGAAGCGAAGGGCGGAGCCUUUGAUCAUGGCUUCUCGCUUGCAACUUCAGGCGGAUGAUUCUGUCCUCCUGCGCGCAACUCAUUCCAAUCUCAAGAGUUUCUCGGCUGAUAUUCGAUUCUCCCUUCAGAUGACAGUGGAAUCUGUGAAAGAGAAGCUCUGGAGAAAAUGUGGUACUUCUGUCAAUUCAAUGUGCCUCGAGCUCUAUGAUGACACUGGUGCUAAAAUUUCGGAUCUGAGUGAUAAUUUGAGACCUCUUGGAUUUUAUUCUCCUCAGGACGGUUUCCGGUUGCAUGUUGUGGAUCUUGACCCCUCAUCUGUAACUUCUGGUGGUUGGCUGGAAGACACCUCAUUGGUGGAGAAAUACUCUAUUUCUGAAGAAGCCUAUGGUAAACUUGAUGGUACUUUUAGAAAAUUUAAGGAAAAAUUGGCUUCUCAAAAUCCAUCAGCUUUUGAAACUAAAAUAUCAGAUGACUACAUGGAAGACCUCUGUGCCAAUAUCAAGGUUGGAGAUAGAUGUGAAGUUGAGCCUGGGGAGAAAAGAGGUGUUGUUAUGUUUGUGGGCCGAGCAGAGUCUGUUGCACCUGGAUUCUGGGUUGGAGUUCAAUAUGAUGAACCACUGGGGAAACAUGAUGGCAUGGUGAAAGGCACUCGUUACUUCAAUUGCCCUCCACUCCAUGGUGCACUGAUCAGGCCUGAAAAAGUAAAGGUUGGCGAGUAUCCUGAACGAGAUCCCUUUGACGAAGAUGAAAUAUAAGCUGGUCAUGAUUACAGAAUUUCCAGAGUUGCUGUCUCAAAAGAGAAAUUAUAACCAUUGGGAUAUUCUCUGAGAUAUUUACAUCAGUUAUGAUUGUUUACAUUUUUUUGUGGAGAUGGGAACAUGUACAUCUGUGCUUCUUUAAUAGUCCUUCUUGGCUUCUAUCAAGAUUAGGAUAAAAAUCAAAGUGAGAAUGAUGAUGGUGAUGAUGAAUAGAAUUUAUCAGAUUUUCUGCUUGACGACGACAAAAUAUACUUGACUAUUUUUGGGAAAGAAUAGACGGCAGGUGGUGCAUAAAGCUCUGUCUAUGGGGGAUUUGGGAAAGCGGCACACGACAAUGGGUGUACAGUGUGUAGUUUUAUCUUUGUAUUUUAGGAAAGAAUGUGCAUUGGGUAAUACUAUAGAAAUACCCUUUCCGUUGCAGUUA